CAGCCGCCAAAAUCAAACGGCUAUAAGCCAGCUAGUUAAGAAAAAGUGAACAUUUUGGCGACAAAAUAAAGAGACGGACACCACUCGGCAUGGAGGCAGCGAAAGGCGUUUUAAGUCACCUGAGUGCGCUGGAGGUUCGUGCGAAGAGCCGCCACAUUACAAGUCGUAGUCGCGCGGAGGAGCUGCGGAGGAGCCUGAAGGCGCUGACCGCCCAGAGGGACCGACUCAAGGCAGAGAUCCACACGCUCAAGGAUAUUGAAAAACGCAAGACGCAACUGUACAUUCGGUGUGCAGAUGAAGAAGUGGAGGCUGAAGACGGCGAGACCGAACAACUUCUGCAUCUGAUGGCCAGACAAACGCAGCUGAAAGAGCUUCUGGAUGCUCAUCGCAUCACUGGUGGCUACAAUGUCACCAAAACGCGCAGGGGGAAAGGCGUGUGCCUGACUCUGGCGACGGCCUACGAGGGCGUCUACCUGGACACGUACAACCUGGAGUUGGACAUGAGGCCGACGCUGAAGAUCAGUCGCCACAAUGUGCCGCCGUUCAUCCCGCUGAGUGACCUCGGCGAGCGGGCCGGCCUGCAGGACGACCUCAGGGGCUUCCUGUCCGCGCUCGGCACACAUCUCAACGCCUUUGUGGGCCGCAGGGAGCAGCUGAGACUUGUUAAGGAGCUCCAUCCGUCGGUGAUAGUGAUGGAGAGCAACGCGCCGUGUUCCAUCCUGGUGCUCAUGCUGAGUGUGCCCAGAGAGAACAAGACACUGCUCUGCACCCUGAACUACACAGACCACACCAGAUAUCUGCCCACGGGGGUCCGCUUUGACUGUGAAGACGAGAACCUUCCAGAGUCUCCAGAGUGGAAAAACAACCGUAAGCUUCUCAUGGAGAUGCCGGUUCACAGAGUUUUGGGCACCCUGAAGAACAUGGACCACAUUGGUUAGUCUUCAUGAGUCCCGUUUGUCGUUUUUGUCCUGGAGCCUCUGGAUGAAUUCCAUCACCUUCUUGUGCAAGCGCUCCCUCUGGAGGAGCCUUGUCUUCUCCGACUGCUCUCGAGCCUCCCGCCGCCGCCUCGCUGCCUCUCUCUCCGAUAUGGCGUCGAUGCCGGCGAUACUUUUCACCCGCACGAACGACAAGCUCCUCCGCAGGCGGCCACCUCUGCUUCUCGGCGAGGGGGGCGACGCGGACCUCGGAACCUCAGCGGCCACGCGCUGGACUAUUUCCUUCAUGGCCACGCCGACCGUGGCUUUGGGCCCGCAGGCCUUUACCAUCCUCACUCGCCUGCGUUCGCUUAGUAGCCAGCGUCGUCGUCGUUCCAGCAAUCGCUGCGUGUACCUGAACUCUGUCUCCAGCAACUCCAUCUUGAUGUGAAGAUCUCUCUCGUCCUUCUGCUUCAACACCCUCAGCUGCACCACACUUUGCUCCAUUAAUCCUAAAGGAAUAUUUCCGUUGAUACGUUUUUUAAAUGUUUUGUGUUUCCUGACAGAAGCCGUUUGCUGCUAUGGCUCUCUCGCUGCGUGUAAUGUAAUGUAAUAUAUGCUACCUAUUGUGUUUGAGGUUGUCUGCAAUUACACGGUGGCAUGCUCCUUGCUAGAUUCUGUUUCAAGAGGCCUUUAGGGUCCAGUGCUGCUUGUAUGGACAAAUUAUUGUGAUUCACAGUUUUUUUGAAAAAAGAAACAAAAAGUGCAUUUUUCAAAAUCACUAAAUAAAACUAAGAAUACUGGUUUUUAGAAUAAAUUUUAUAAAUGUGCAAAAAAUAGAGAAAAAGAUGCACAAAUUAAAUUGCUUCUAUUAAUACUAUGAAAAGUACCAAAUCGAUUUUAGGAAAAUAUGUCAACUCAAGUUUAUGGAUAUAGCACUAAUUCACAAGUUAUCUCGAGGCACUUCACACAUUGAGCAGGAACCACGUUUUUCAUAUUUGUGCAUACAGUCUUCUUUUCCUUUCACCAUGUCCUGUUAGGGGUUGCCACAGCAUCCUUUACCAUGUAAGCAAGUGUUUGCAGGGUUGGUUCCACCCCCCCACCCCCCAAAAAGGGGAGGGGAGCAGCACAGUGAGUAGUGGUUAGCACGUCUGCCUUACAGGUCUGAGUUUCUGGGUUCCUUACUGUGUGGCGUUGGCAUGGUCUCCUUGCGCUUCUGUUGGUUUUCUCCAAACACUCCAGCAUCACAUUUAUACAAUUGGAUGUAAAGAUAUUAAAUUUGGCAGGAAAUAAAACAGCACAAACCAAGUCAUGAUAUGAAAAUAUUUUUAAAUGAUAGU